UAUGUGGAGGAUGAUAGCUGGUGGCAUGGAGAAGGGAAUUGUAUUCUGGGAAUUUGCGGUAAACCUCAGUGAUCAAGGUGUUAUCAGGAGCUUUGAUAACCAUCACAGGUCUGAAAUGGCAGCAAACUGGAUUGGAAGUAUUGUUUCAAUUGACUGCGGAGAGGGACUUGGUGUUUACCAGGGGAGAGUAUCUUUGGUAGAUCCAAACUGUCAAACUAUAGCUCUGACAGAACCAUUUCAUAAUGGAAAGAAGUAUUCAAUGCCAGAGGUUACUUUCAGUGCAUUGAAUAUUAAGGAGCUGAAAAUUCUGGAAAUACCCGUUCAAGUGGAUAAUGGAAGGGUGUGUGACCCUCAACAUACAGAGCCAGGGCAGACAGUAGUUUCAGGACCCGAAUACAUUUCCAGCUUGUCUCAGAAUGGGACCAAUAAAGGGUUUAACAAGCCAAAUGGUACUGGAAGUGUUCCACAAGCAAUUCCAAGAAGAGGUGAGAUGAAAAGCCAGGAUGUGGUGCUGUCGCCACAGCAAUGCUCAAAGAGUUAUGUGGACAGGCAUGUGGAGAGCCUAAAUCAGGCCAAAGGAUUUCGGCGCAGGCACAACUCCUGGUCAGCUUGCAGUCGGCAUCCUAGUCAGGCAACCCCAAAGAAAAAUGGAGUGAAGAAUGGCCAGAUAAAAAAUAAAGAUGAUGAAUGCUUUGGGGAUGACAUUGAGGAAAUUCCAGAUACAGACUUUGAUUUUGAAGGCAACCUUGCAUUGUUUGACAAAGCAGCAGUGUUUGAAGAAAUAGACACACAUGAGAGAAGGAAUGGCUCUAGGUCCAGAGGAACACCUAAUGAAAAACUGGCUAGAUACCGUCAUGAUGAAAAUAUCAUUGAGUCAGAGCCAAUUGUAUACAGACAGAUUGUAGUACCGCAACAUGGUGGUAAAGAAUAUUGCACUGAUUCAGGGCUCGUAGUGCCCAGUGUUUCUUAUGAGUUGCACAAGAAACUUCUGGCAGUGGCAGAGAAGUAUGGACUGACAGUGGAGCGUAGGCUAGAAAUGGCUGGAGUGUGUUCCAGUCAAAUGGCUCUAACGUUACUUGGCGGACCAAAUAGGUUAAACCCUAAGAAUGUCCACCAGCGUCCUACUGUCGCUUUGCUUUGUGGUCCACAUGUCAAAGGGGCACAAGGAAUCAGCUGUGGUCGUCAUCUUGCCAACCAUGAAGUUCAUGUCAUCCUGUUCUUGCCAAAUUUUGUAAAAAUGUUGGAGUCUAUCACAAAUGAACUGAUGCUGUUUAGUAAAACUGGUGGUAAACAAGUCGCUAGUGUGAAAGAUUUACCUGAUACACCAGUUGACUUGGUAAUCAAUUGCCUGGAUUGUCAUGAAAAUGCUUUUCUUCGUGAUCAGCCCUGGUACAGAGCAGUAGUAGACUGGGCCAAUCAAAACAGAGCACCAGUGUUGAGCAUAGAUCCACCAGUCGAUGGUUUUGAGCAGGCCAUUGAUGCAAAGUGGUCUUUGGCCCUUGGACUACCACUGCCACUGGGAGAGUGCGCUGGUAGGGUAUAUCUUUGUGAUAUUGGCAUUCCAAAGCGUGUCUUCCAGGAAGUUGGAAUUAAGUAUCACUCACCAUUUGGCAGCAAGUUUGUUAUUCCUUUGCACUCAACUUAAACUUUUGAAUUGUGCCAGCAGUAAGAAAGGCAGUUUUUUCUUGAGAUCCACAGAUGUCCGGAAUUUAUUUUGUAAUUGUUGCAACCUUUGGAUGUUACUUGUGAUCAAGAUGUGCACACAUGCACCUUCAAAGAAACUUAAAAGUGAAAACGUUGUUUUUUGCUUGUAUGGACUAUCUUGUCAAUCCAAGUAAGUAUCCUGCAAGUUCGCAAGGUGGUCUGCUGAUUCACACACUUGGAUUUUUAUCCUCCUGGAUUCUCUGCAUCAUAGUGAAAAGAGAUUAACCUUGAAGAGAGAGAAUUUUAAAAAAAAAAUGCCAAACAGACAAUGUAUUUUAGUGCAGCUUACUGGCUGAUUUGUUUGUGAUGCAAAACUGAGUUGAAGGGAGAACCCACUCAAAAGUGUCCUUUGAUUUAAAAAGUCACUACUUUUUUCAUAAUUUGUGGAUGCAGUGAGAAGGCAACAUUUUGCUUGUGGUCUGUGAAUGUGUGGCACAUUCCUCCACGUAUGCAAUUGUGGUCACAUCAGGAGAAUCCAGCUGUAUCUUAGUACAAAUGAUUUUGAAAGUUAGACCAGCAAAGUUAUUUUGAAGAAAUGUUACAAAUGAGAAAGUGGAAAAGGUAUUUUUUUAAAAGUGGUGAAUUAUAUUUUGUUUUGAAAUGUUUGCUUUAAAAAUACAUCUUAGCAGGUGAUAUUUGCAAAUAAUGUAGAUUGGCAGUGCCCAUUGCUUUUAAGGCAGGUGUGUAAACUGAUGCUUUUCAAAUGAGAAGCAUCUUCGUUUUUCUUUGGUGCACAAACUGACAAAUGAGUACCAGAUUGGAAAGUGCACCAGCUUGCUAAUGUAUGCAGCUUAUCAGCACAUUGCAACUCUUUCUUGGAAAACCAUUUUAUUUUUAAAUUAAUCUUAUAUUAAGGAUUGAAAGAAAACUUCUGUUUUCUGCAAAUUCUGUAACUUGUCAUAUAGGCCUACUUAUGCAAAUGACCUCUUAAAUACAGGGUGCCUUUUUUGUAGGACUGUAUAGAAAAUGUGUUCAGACAGUUGCAGUUAUCUGACAACAUUAUUGUCAGACAUGUGCUUCUAAUAAUGUUUUUAAUAACAUUUAUUAGUGCAAAAAACAGAACUUGCACAGAAACUUUCCAUUUUUUAAGAUGAGGCACAUUUACUGCUUUAGGCAGAUAAGGGUUUAGAAAAGUGAAAAUCCAAAUUUUGUUCAACUCUUUUUGGAGUUAAAGACAUUAACAAGUAAGCCAGAAUGAGCAUUUAUGUUCUUCAGCUUCUUGAUAAGUAUUGUCUACUGUUUACUUGCAGACAAUGUGCUGUGUUUACAAAGCUAUAAGAAGCAGAGCAUUACAUCUUAUUAAAAAAACAAAAAAAAAAAAAAGCCUUGCAGCCAAGAGUAGAAGGUUUAAGCUUUGACUCAAGCUAACACUACAGGUCAAGUUGUGUUUUUUCUGGCUGCAGGAAGAAAAUAUGCUGCAUUUAGAGAGUAUGUGUGGAGACUGAGCCAAACCUGGCUCUUGGAGUUGCAUAACUCAUAAAAAAGUAUGGAGAUCCUUUGAAUUAACAUAACCUUUUCUAUUGCAGUAAUAGUGAAAGUGCAUGAGGUUUCAAACUUUUACAGGAAACCCAUUUCACGUAACUGCAUAGGCUACAUGUUAAUACAUCAGGAGUUUGUUUUAGUUUUGCAUUGCACACAGUCGUUAAAAAAAGCUAAAAUUUCCUUUAUGUUCCACUUUUAAGUACAUCAUGUUUUUUUUUUUGUUUUUUUUUUUAAGUGACGGACCAAAUUCAGUGUUUUCCAUUGUUAUUGUCUGAUUUACUUCUUGUCAAUGUCUAACCAAAGUGAGUCAAACUUUUAAGUUAUUUUAUUGAAGACUAGUUGUAUGACUGUGGAUUGUAUCAGUGGCUAAGAUUGUUCCGGAGAAGUAAGUGAUGUAACGCAGAAGCCAUGUUAUGUAGAAUUAGUUGAACUUGGUUAUAUGCUCUUAAAAGGCAGUGGACUUAACCAGGACUGUAGAAAUGCUGUUAGAGUUUUGAACAUUUGUAAUAAUUGCACCAAAGCCAGUAUCAACAUUAUCUCGUUACCCAUCUUUCUAAAAUUUUAUUUCAAUUUAAUGUGCAUCUUUAGCAUCACAGAUUUAUGUCAUUAAUUCCAUUUUAGAUGUUUUGUCUAGGCUAUGUGAGAUCCUGUUUCUUGAAUUCGUGCCAGCUAAGUUAUAUUUAAAAGAAGUUGAUAGCAUUGCUGGUAGGUUCAUGUGCCAGUUCAGAUUUCAAGAAAAUUGCCAGACUGGACAGCAAAGGGCGACACUGAUGUACGAAGCAUUGUAAUAUAGUGCAUUGCAUUGACUUGCACAGAUGGCUUUAUACAGAUAUUAAGAGUAAAACAAUUAUCUUGUUACUGAUUAAACUGCACUUAAAUCCUACACAUUUGGAAUUUUAAACAGCAACAAGGGAAUGUGAAUAUUGGAGAACAAAUAAUGUAUUCAGAUUUGUGGUAUUGCUUUGACUGUUCCCUUUUCAUUUUAGAUCCUUGCACUCCAGUGUUAAUUUUUUUGUAGUAUCAUACAUUCACAGAAUAUUUGAUAAUGGGCUGACUGCAUUAGGUAUGGAUUUAGAUUGUCCUGUUUUAUUCCCCAACAAAAACUUUGUCUGAUACUUCUGGGAGAAGGGUAAAGUGGUUUCAGUUUUCAAGGAGUGAGCUUCUUUGCUUAUUUGUCCAUUAUUAUAGUUCUCCCAAAUCAUAUAUGAAAACUAAUUUGCUUAAGUGUUUUGUGUAUGGCCACUAAAGAUGGUAGUCAGGCUUUGGAAGAUACUAGCCAUUUACUUGUACAUCAUUGCUGUGAUACAUUUGAACAUCUAGUUGUUACAUUUUUGAUUAGUCUGAGUUUUUUUUAAAGCCUGUCACCAGAUUUCCCAUCUGCUGUUACAUUUGAAUUGACCCAUCUGAAACACGAACCCAGGUUUUCACAGUACCUUUUCUUGAAUGUAAAUGUACCAACCCAGCUUCAAAAUCCAUUUGUCUUAAUCUGUGAUGCACUGAUAACUUAAAUAUGUUAUGAGCCCAGCUGUGGUUUUACAGCUUAAAGCUGAUUUAUUAUUGCAGGUGUUUGGGAUAUGUUGAUGCCAAUAUGAUAGUUUAUGAAAGGGGUAAUGUUUGAAUGGUCCAAGUAAAGGUUUCAUUACCAGAAUUGCUGCUGUGUGUUGUACACUAUCUUUUUAGCCCAGAGGUAUGACACUUCUUUUUUUUUUUUGGUUUAUGAAAAAAAUACACAGUCUUCAUAUUAAAUUUAAUUUAAAGGUCAUGAUUAUGAAAAGACAAGAAUGUGAGUGAAGAGUAUUUAAUAGUUUGGGUUAUAGAAACUGAAAUGGAUCCUAUUUCAGUAUUUCCUUGUAGAGUAGCACAGUGAACAGCACCCCCCCCCCUAAAAGAAACUUGUUUAUCUUGUCCGUGUUUUGUUUCUGUGUAUAAUUGAAGAGGUCUAUAAACAACAUUGUUUACUUGCUUUCCUCUCCUCCUUAUAAAUGUCAUAGUUCCAGUCGGCUGUUUUGAAGAUUUGUAUGGUUCAGUAAAUACAGUGAGUGCACAGUAGCAAAUCACAUUGAUACUAUGAUUUACUGAAAUGUAUUACUCCUCAUAAGUUUGGGUAUGUUUUAGAAAAAUUCAGAUGCGAGACUGAAACAGAAAUUUAAAACAUGUUCAGAAAAAGAAAAUACAAACUUUAAAACUC